GCUAGGGGUCAGGAGGACUUAUAUGAGAGGGGAGUGACUCGUAAUCCAUCUUUGGAGGCCGGGCCUCACAGGUUAGACAAGAGGGGAUCUCCAGCUGAUCUGAUCAGGCCCGUUCUAUAAAUCAGACCUCUCUGCUGUUUCUAUUUUUUUUUUUUUUUUUUUUUUUUAAUUUAUUCUUCUGCUGCUUGCCACACUCUAAGUCCAAAUGAUUCGCCGCUCCGGCCAGGAGUUCUACCUUCUUCUCUGAGCGGUUUUCAGUUUGUUUCUUGCAUCUGAACUAUCUAUGUCCAGUAUUAAGACGCGUGCGCAGACAGCGAAGAGAGAAGAAAGGGAGAGAGAAGGUGUUCUGUUUGAGAGUGUGAGGAAGGGCAAGAGGAGUGUUCGUCCAAACGUAAGGAGAGAGCGGACCCCUCUUGAGAGUUCUACUGACGCCCCUUCCUCCAGCAUGGCGGUCAUCACAUCUGCCCAAUGGCAGGCCAUGCUGGACGCAGCAGACGAGAGCCAGAAACCAUUCUUUCAAAAAUUGUAUGAUGAUGCCGUGCAGAAGGAAAGGGAGGCAGCGGCAGCAGCUAGAGCCGCCGAUAUUGCUGAUCAGGUGGCUCUCCUUCGGAUCCCGGAAGCCAAUGCUGACCGGUUCCAGGAGGAAUUAGCUGCUGCUGUAGCAGCCUUGGUCCGACUGCGGACCUCGGAAAACCUUGAGUCUCGUAUGACAGCACUUGAGCAGCGGAACGAAGAGCUGCAGGCUAAGGUAAUUAGCCUCGAGCAGUCCCAGUUGUCUGCCUCCCGCCCUCCUAACCCUCGAUCUGCUAUAAUCCCAACCUCUCAAGCCAACACAGCCCUCGUGCCAAGGGCAAGCGGAACCGUGGCAAGCGCGGGAACCGGCGCCAGCUCCUCGAGCGGCAGCACCGGCAGUUCUGCGCUGGUCAUGGUCCCGAAUGCAGGGACAUCAGCCCAAAACGCCGCAGUCCCUACUGGCGUUCAGUACAGCGGUCCCAUGGUGGAUAAGCGGGCGGCCACGCUGCCGUCCAAGUACGACGGGAAGGCUGACAUCACCUCUUGGAUUAGUUCCAUGAGGUCGUAUUUCGAGGUCAUGCGGACACCGCAAGAGGACCGAAGUAUGAUCAUGGGGACUAAUACUGAGCCGGCCUUACGAAACCACAUUGAGCUCCAAGCUGUCGCAGCAGGCUAUGAAUGCAUAGACCUGACUGAUUGGCUGAAGGUCACCCCUGCCCGCGCCCUUGAGGAUCUUCUCCUUGAUCGGUACCGAGAUAAACAUGCUGCGCUCAAGGCUAGGCUCAAGCUUGAGGCCCUCAAGGGCCAAACCUGGAGGUCAUCCAUGCAGGCUUUGGAACAGCACUUGACUGGUCUGUUCAACAAUCCGGAUCUGGGAAUGACUGACGUAUCUUGUAUGGAUGUAGUCAUGGGAGUGGCCCCUAAAGAAUACCUCUCCCUGCUAGCACUCAAGGACCAUGCCACCUGGCGAGAGCUCAUGAAGGACCUAGUCGACCUAGAGGCCAAGGAUCUCGCCAAGCGCAAGAAGGCGCCCGCUGCAGGAUUGCUAUCGUCUUCAGGGAAGCAGGCAAGGGGCGUAGAGGAGUCAUCAGCACUCUCUACAACAAGGGAUGCUGAGCAGUCAAUUGCAGGCCCUUCCGAGGAGCCUGGAUCUGGCCAGCAGCCUGCUCUUGAAGCCCGAACUGAUGCUGAUUCCAAGGCUGGUGCAGUCCAAGUAUUAUACACUGAGCCUUGGGAGGAGUCUAGGGAAGUUGACCUCCACGCGCACAUGGAGCAUUGGCUGCAGCUCAAGCAGCAACGCCGUGUUCAGGGGAGCGUGGAGCUAACCUUCUUUAAACUGCUCAUUAACCGCCGAUACAUCCGUGUGCUAAUUGACAGUGGUUCGACCACUAAUUUCUUCUCUCCGAACGGGAUUCGUAAGGCGGGCCUGGGUAUGAAGCAAGUGGAACUGCAGAACCCUUGCCGGACUCAGGUGGGCAACCAAGAGGUUGUCACUUCCACUCAUGCUGUCAAAAGUGUGCGCAUCACCUUUGACAAAGAUCGCACUGUCACACAUGAGCUGAAUUUUUACGUCCUGGACAAGUGUCCUUUGGACGCGGUCAUUGGCUUGGGCUGGCUAAAAGCUCAUUGCCUAAGGACCACGUGGGCGGACAACCAGUUCGUGGUACUUGACGCCAAGGGGAACGAGCGUACCGUCUUGUUAGAUGAGACGCGCGAGUCCCCUGUGACUCUUCUCAGUGCUAACAAAUUCUGCAGGAAACUGAAGGAGGAUCUGAUUGAACACACCGCCAAGGAUCCGAACCUCAGUCCCAUCCUUGAGCAGCUCAAGGUUGACCCUAACAGUCAGCCUGAUUUUCACGAAUGCGAGGGUCUUGCGUUCCGCCGGUAUGGAAAGUUCGAUCGUUUGUGUGUACCCAACCAUGCGCCUCUCCGAACUCAUUUCUUGGAUUUGGCGCAUGGUCGGAAUGGACAUUUUGGCUUUGAGAAGACUUAUGAAAGUCUUCUGCAGCAAUUUGGUUGGCCAGGAAUGAAAGGAUCUGCUCAGAAAUUCAUUGUUGAAUGUCAGGUAUGCCAAAGAAUCAAGGUCCACAGGCAUAAGCCUUAUGGCCUACUGAGACCUCUGCCCAUUCCUGAUGGACCCGGUGAGUCGAUUUCCAUCGACUUCGCGGACAUGGGAAAAGUGAGUGAGGCUGGGAAUUCACAAGUCAUGGUCAUUGUGGAUCGCUUCUCUAAAUUUCUGAACUUGAUUCCUCUCCCUCCUCAUGCCCCGACUGAACUUGUCAUCGAGGAAUUCCAUCAGCAGUACAUUCUGCAGUCCGGCGUCCCGAAAACUAUUGUGAGCGAUCGGGACACCAGAUUCAUCAGCAAAGAUUGGAAAGACUUCACGUCUCAGAUCUAUGACAUCAAACUGAACAGGACUUCUGGUCGACACCCCGAAGCCAAYGGAUUGGCCGAGGAGAUCAACCAGACCGUCAUCCAACUGCUACGCGCACUGAUUGUUCCAUAUCAGAACACGUGGGACAAGGAAUUACACAAAGUGAAGGGGCUGUACAACAACUCCAUUCACUCUGCAACUCGUGUGACUCCAAACCAGCUGCAGUAUGUUUGGCCGAUGCGCAAUCGCCUCUCCUAUCUGUUCCCUGAGCGGUCCCCUGGUCUGAUGCCCGGCAUGCCUGGCUAUAAUGCCAAGUACGCACGCUUGCUCAAAGCUGUUACUGCAGCCAUGAACAAGCGCCAGCAUCCCAUGAUCAAACAUGCUAACAAGCUGCGAAAAGAAGAAAAAUUCAAAGUUGGGGAUUACAUUUGGGUCAAAAUGUCUGAGUUUUCUAACGAAGAGGGCAUCUCGCGGAAGCUUCUUCCAUUAUGCUACGGCCCUUGGCAGAUUCUGAAGGUAGUCGGGGAUGAUUUCGGUCCUUCAUUUGUGAUUGACGUGCCUCCUCAUCUGCGCACGUAUCCGGUCUUUCAUGCGUCCAAACUGUUCCCACACAUUGAUGAUGAGACGUUUCCCUUCCGAGAUCCUAUGAUACCUCGCCCUAUCGACGGCGGCCAUGAGAUAGACAAAAUCGUAUCUCACGAGGGCAGAGGGAGGAACAGACCGUAUAAGGUUCACUUCCUCUAUCACCCAUUGACUGAAUUCUUCUGGAUCGACUGGAAAGAGCUGCUAAAAAGUGCUCCCCGUGUUGUGAACGCUUACGAAAGACAGAUCACCGAGGGGCAGACCGCUAAGUUCGUAGCAACAAUGACUUCUCAUGGAUUGACCAAGUCUCUCUUUCUAAUGUACUUCUACGAUGCGUUCUGUACCGACUCUGACUGAGUUACUCGCUCGAAGGGACCUCGCUCUCGAGAGGG